GGAGAUAUCCCACCCACCGCCUCUGCUUUCACCCCAGAAUGCACCCCAUAUUGCCCUGGGGCCCCACUUGAGACCUCCUUUCCUUGGGGUGCCUUCGGCUCUGUGCCAGACACCAGGUUACGGGUUCCUGCAGCCAGCACAAGCAGAGAUGUUUGCACGGCAGCAAGAGAUGCUACGAAAGCAAAACCUGGCAAGGUUGGAGAUGUCAGCCGAGAUCAUCCGCCAGAAGGAGCUGGAGAAUCUCCACAGGCAAAGGCUACUGGCUGCCGACCCGCUGAGCCUGCAUCCCGGCUUGCCCCCAGACCACCCGGCCCUGCGCAAUGUGCACGACAUCCCCGAGGGCCACCCGCUGCGGGAGGAGCUCUCCCGGAGGAACGCCAUGCUGGUGCUGCGGCACAACAACACUCCCCUGCUCUCCCUCAACCCCAGCGUCCCCAGCAGUGCCACGCCGCCCAAGGA